GGAUGACAGGGGUAAAUCUGCUGGAGCAAAUCCCCUCAUGGCUCAGGGUGUGAUUUGGACCAGGGAUUUGUUUUAAGAGUGAAUUACGCUCUGCAGAGAGGACGGUGACUGCAUUCACCUCCACGCACAAUGCAGCAAAGGAACAGCUGAAGUUGGACGGCACAUCUUAACUUUGACGAGAUCUUUUCUUGGUUGCUGGCAUUAUAUUAGGAACUAAACCAACGGGCGCGUAAACCCAGGACAGAGAUACCUUUGUGAACAUCCACUGGACAGAUUGUACUGCCCUGCAGGGUGCAUUGUGUGCUGGGCUGCUGCAGCAUCCUCUGCUCUGCAGCAGAAGGCAUCUUUCUGAUGGGAGAUGCCUUUGGUCAGGAGGAACAUCGAGCCUCGGCACCUGUGCCAAGGCCCUGUGCCGGGCAGGAUCGGGAAUGAGCUUGAAUGUGUGACCAACAACACGCUGUCGGCCAUCAUUCGCCAGCUCAGCAGUCUGAGUAAACAGGCAGAAAACGUUUUUGGGGAGCUUUUUAAUGAAGCAAACACCUUUUAUGUGCGUGCAAACUCUCUUCAGGAUCGCAUCGAUCGUUUGGCCGUCAAAGUCACCCAGCUGGACUCAGGCGUGGAAGAAGUUUCUCUGAAGGACAUAAACAUGAGGAAGGCAUUCAGAAGCUCUGCAGUUCAGAACCAGCAGGUUUUGUCCAAAAGCAGCACUCCCAGCUGUGUGGCCGACAUGUACAACAGCUGUGACAGGCCUCCUCCUCUCACCACACUCUCCUCCUACAGAGAAGACUCCAUCGAUGCGAUGAAGUUCUACUCAGACCCUUCAUACUUUUUUGACCUGUGGAAGGAGAAAAUGCUUCAAGACACAGAAGACAAGAGGAAAGAAAGGCGGAGGCAAAGGGACCAGAAGAGAUGUGUGGAGAGCAGCACGUUUCAACGUGACAUUAAGAAGGUGAGAAAGGCUCGUAACCGUAGGCAAGAGUGGAACAUCAUGGCUUUUGAUAAGGAACUGCGCCCAGACCACCGACACCCGCAGACCCUUCGGCGAGGGGCCUCCUCAGAGGGCUCCCUCUCCCCAGAUGGCAGGCCUGAGCUCCUGGGAUAUCCAGUACCUCCAGUACCAGCACAGGUUCCUUCCAGCUGUGACAGGUCCCAUGACGGCGUAUCCAGGAAUGCACAGCCCUCACCGCCCGUGGAGCACGAAUACCACUGCAUUGAUGUCAACUACAAGAGAGUAACCUACGCAGACCACAUAGAGGCUUCCGUUUGUCCACCCACAGAGUACCACUCGAUCGCUCCAAUUCCUGUCUCAGGCCUGCCCAUCCCAUCAGCAAAGACAGCCUUUGGUUUUCCUCUACCACCAACUCCUCAUAACGGAGUUUUACCUGUAGGCCCAGGAUGCCCACUCCCACCUGUACCCCCACCCAUUCCCCCACCUCCAUCUCUUCCAUCCCCCGCUGCACCCUCACACCUCCCCGGACACAUUGAAGGCAGCGGGGUAGAAACUAAACCUGUGAGAGAUGCCAGAAGUGAUCUACUGUCUGCCAUCCGCAUUGGCAUCCAGCUGAAGAAAGUUCAAGAGCAGCAAGAGCAGCAAAGCAAGCAGGAACCAGUAGGGAACGACGUGGCAACCAUCCUUUCCCGUCGCAUUGCAGUGGAAUACAGUGACUCCGAGGAGGAUUCAGACCUGGAUGAAAAUGAGUGGUCAGACUAAUCCCCCUGGUGGAGGAAUAAUGAGUGGAAAAAUCAAAUCUGUGAACCACAUCCUGCUGCACUUUUAGAAAAUGUUUGAAGUGGACAUAAUAAAGCUGCACAUUUUCACAUUUGUUGGGAAUAAAGGAAGCAUUCAUACAUAGUGUGUUCACAUAGAAAACAUUUAAAUGUAUUGGUUGUCUGUGAUUAAUGAUUUGUCUUUUAUUUUUAGUAAAGCCUAAUAUUUUAAUUAUUUGUCACCUUGCAUCUCAUUUAGGCAGCUGUCCCAGCAACAAGAUCUCUUUCCCUACAAGAGAUAUUCUGUCAAUAACCAGGAAUAAAUAAUACAUGAAGCGAU